AACAUAAUCUGGAAGUGUUUCUUGUUUAAGCAGAUAUUCGAAGGGAUAUUAAGGGAUAAAGAUAAUGUCGUUCCUGCAAGACGAUUCAGAAGAUUUGGUUGCUGAGAGAGACGUGUUAUUGACGAUGGAAGAAACUCAGAAUGGUUCUUGUGUGGUAAACAAUUCAUUGUUGAAUUACACAGGCAGUCAAACUUGUCUAAAAAUCCCGAUUGUAGAAGAGCAGCAUGGUAUUAAUGCGGAGGUUGGGGUUCAUUCUCUCACCCCUGAAAAUACUCUACGGCGACGUCGUGUGGCCGGGCUCCCGCCGGGCAAAAAGUACCAUAUUUUUAUUUCUUGUUCUUCACAAGACAUGGAAGAAGUAAACAAAAUAUGCAAAGACCUUGAAAAAAGGUUUUUCUUCAUUUGCAUGCAACAUGACAGAGAUUUUGUGAUAGGAAAACGUCUGGAUGAUAAUAUUCAAUCCGAAAUGGCAAAAAGCGUGAAGGUUUUGAUACUGAUUAGCCCAACAUAUAUCACAAGUCCGUGGUGCAUGUCGGAGGCCGAUGAAGCUGUACGACUGUCGUACUCCGAGAGAGAAAAAUUAAAGAUAAUCCCCGUGAUGUUGCGACCCCCAGACGAUGGGCUCGAACUGCCUCCAUUUCUGAAAAAAUAUCGAUACAUUGACUCACAGAAAGAAGAAGACAUACCAGCAAAGAUAUUUGAAGCCUACUACCAUUCAGAUGCAGUUGACGCUAUAAAAAUACAAGGCGAACAAGAGCUUACUGAGGAUCAAAUUAAGAAUCAAAAUGGAGCUCGUCUAUUUUCAAAGUCAUUUUUACAGCAGCGACCGUAUUUUGAAAAAGGAUAUGUUUUUGAGACUGACCGUCUGACUUUAAACGAACGGGAAUACUUGAAAAAUGUGCAUGAAAAAAGUGUGGACCAGUUUGAGGCCGCUGUCUCCUUGGUAACCAAUCACAGGCUUAUGAAGUACUACAAAAUAUUUGUCCUAACUGGCUUCACUCACGCGGCGGCAGCCACUCUCUCGGCUAAUGCAGUAUCGUUAAACUUCUUACUGAACGUAUUAUCUGUUCUCAUUUCCCGAAACAUAGACGCCAACCCCUUUGGUUUUUCUUUCAUUUCUUCAAUAUUUUUGGGAUUUCUGGUGUACGCUUCGUUUCUCGUUAUAGUACGUUUGUAUCGAAGAAAGUUAAAGGUCGAUUUACGGAAAAAGUUAUGGGAAUCGGUAAACAAAAAGUUCUUCAGAGAUACAAAGUGCUUGGUCGAAUACAGCGACGUUACCAUUCGGGAGCCUUGUAUUUUUCUCCUUCGUUAUGACACAGCACCUUGCCAGGAAUAUAUAAAUGUUCUGAUUGAACGAAAAUUUUUCUAUCUGGAUGAUGACAAAAUAAAGAAAAUGACAGAGGAAAAGAUCGAAGAAAAAUUGAUGUUACUUCAACGUCUUGGUGUUUUAGCGGACUGGUUUAAAUUACCUGUCUACGAUUACAAUCGCCACCAUACUUGGCUAAGGAAACAGUGCUUGUGUCAAAUGUUGGAGAUUAACCUGAUUGAAAAGAAAGUAAUUACAGUAUAACCAAUGAUAUUUCUUUUUUCAUCGUUAUCUGAAAAGUUGUAUAUUCAUUUUUGAGUUAUAAAUAUCUUAAAAGAUAAUAAUAUUAUGUUAAAUAUUGUCAUUUUGUCUUUUUGUUGUCACUCAAGUUAACAAAGCUAAUCAAGGCUGAGUAAUCUCAAAGUGUAGAAAAGAUGGGGUUUUUUUUACCUACACAUGAAUAUUUUUUGUACUUUUUUAUAAAAUG